GAUGAAAUAAGAUGUAAGAAACCAUUUCAUGUGGAGCCUACGAACAUUGUCAGUGUGAACAGUGACACACAAAGAGUCACUGAUGAAGCUUCAGCAAUGAAUAAGAGGAUUCAUUACUACAGCAGGCUCACAUCCCCUGCAGACAGGGCUUUGAUUGCUCCUGAUCAUGUACUCCCAGCUCCUGAUGAAAUCUAUGUGUACAGUCCAUUAGGAACUGCUUUGAAAGUUGACAUUUGCACAGAUGGCUAUGGUAAAAACUCCAGUCUAGUGACAAUAUUUAUGAUGUGGAAUACAAUGAUGGGUACAUCUAUUUUAAGUAUCCCAUGGGGAAUAAAACAGGCAGGUUUCACCUCUGGAAUCAUUCUUACCUUAUUCAUGGGGAUUUUGACUCUUUAUUGUUGCUACAGAGUUGUGAAAUCACGGCAAAUGAUACCUCUAACAGAUACCUCGAACUGGGAAUUCCCAGAUGUUUGCAAGUAUUACUUUGGGUCCUUUGGACAGUGGUCAAGCCUCUUAUUUUCUAUAGUGUCACUUGUUGGAGCCAUGGUUGUUUAUUGGGUGCUUAUGUCCAACUUUCUGUUCAACACAGGGAAGUUUAUAUACAACUUUGCUCAUGACAUUAAUGUAACAGAUCUUGUUCCUGGCACCAAUGGAAGUAACAGAGUCAUUUGUCCAAGUGCUGCUAGUGGUCAACCACCACAGAACAGGAGUGUGAUGUUCUCUUCUGGCAACAGGACAAAUUUUGAACUCUUCGAGGACUGGUGGGACAAAUCAAAAACAGUACCAUUUUACCUGAUUGCUGUUCUUCUACCCAUGCUAAAUCUGAAGUCUCCAUCCUUCUUUGCAAAGUUUAAUGUCCUAGGCACAGUUUCAGUUGUCUACUUAGUUUUUCUGGUUACAGUAAAGGCUGUUCAUCUGGGAAUGCACUUGGAAUACAACUGGUUUACAGAGAAUGAUUUUUUUGUGCCAGAGUUUAGAAUUCUGUUCCCUCAACUCACAGGGGUUCUAACACUUGCGUUCUUCAUCCACAAUUGUGUCAUCACACUUCUUCAGAAUAACAGGAAUCAAGAAAACAAUGUAAGAGACCUCUCUAUUGCAUACUUCCUGGUGGGAUUAACAUACCUGUAUGUUGGAGUGAUAAUUUUUGCAUCUUUUCCUUCUCCACCAUUAUCCAAAGAAUGUAUUGAACAGAAUUUUCUAUUCCAGAUGAUCACUGUGUACCCGUUGUUGGGCUACCUGGCACGAGUUCAGCUGUUAAGACAGUUUUUUGGAAACGCUUACCCAAGCCUUUUCCAUGUGCUCGUCCUGAACCUAGCUAUUGUAGGAGCUGGAGUAGCAAUGGCAAGAUUUUAUCCAAAUAUAGGAGGAAUCAUAAGAUACUCUGGAGCAACAUGCGGUCUGGCCUUUGUAUUCGUGUAUCCAUCCCUGAUCUACAUGAUCUCCCAGCACCGUGCUGGGCAGCUGAGGUGGCCAGCAUUGAUCAUUCACAUCUUUAUAAUCCUCCUUGGACUGGCUAAUCUGAUUGCCCAAUUCCUAUUGUGAAAACUCUCCCUUCUCCCUGUGGCUGUCACAAGUGGUGCUGUGGUAUUUGGCAACAGCCCUGAGCCAACACUGUCGGGCAUGAGAACAGUCCUCAAUAUGAUGAUCUGGAGAAAAGCUGCACCUUCGAAACAAAUUCAAAACACAUCUUUC